UCAUUCAGUGACAUCCUAGAAAAUUCCUUUGUUGGCUCUUUGCCCUAUUUCUCUCACUUACCUUCUCUUCCUCCUCAUCUCAACUCAACUAUGGAACCCACCACCUCUUCUAACAGCUCCCCUCCUCUUCUCCAACCCUUUCCUCAGUAAAACCCAUCUCUCUCAUCCUGCUACCAAGAUUAAAUUUAGGGUUUGAGAGGCUGUUUCGAUUUUUACACAGUUGAAAGAGACGAAAUUGCAAUGUUGCCUUGUGGUCUUGGUGAAUGGCGGAAGAAGAAUUUGACUGGUUUUGAGUUUUGCGGUACCGAACAUGAGGGGAAGGGAUAGGAAAACAAUUAUUUGGUUACGUGGCAAUUUUAUAUUGGUUUACCGUAAAAUUGGAGUUCACCGUGCGUCCGUGUAUAACUUAAUAGGGAUGGAGAGAGAAGAUCUCCCUCACGAUUUCAAGGAAUAUGUGGACACUGAACUCAACUGGUUGCCAUUGAAGUGCGUUGACAAAGUCGUUGGAGGGGUUUUCUGGAGCCGAGGAGACGACAAACCCCUACGUCCUCGGCCGACUGUUCCUGCCGAUAUUAAUUUGGAGUUGAAAAAGAAGAUCAGAGAUGUGCUUUACAGCAUUUUACAGCAUUGGCUUGAUUAUGCGAUACUGGUUCAAUUUUGGGCACCCAUAACAGAAGAGAGGCAGUCUUUUCUUACAACUCAAAACCAACCUUUCGCUCUAGUAUCGGCUUAUGUUUAUAACGUUGUUAAAUUCUUAGUUCCGGAUCCCCUUGAUGUUUUGGGACUUUGUCAGUAUAGGAUGAUAUCUAAAUAUAAUAAAUUUGUCGUGGAUUUAGAUGGGGAGAGUUCAGAAGAACACUUUGGGCUUCCUGGCCGAGUGUUCAAGAAUCAAUUUCCCGAAUCCACUCCCAACGUGGAGUGGUACUCUAUCAAAGAGUAUUCACAGCGCAACGAUGCUCUACGUUGCGGAGUUAAACAAUCUUUGGCUUUCCCAGUAUUUGAACCUUCUACCCAAAGAUGUGUUGGUGUACUUGAGGUGGUGACACAAACGGGACAGUCCACAUAUUCGUGUCUACUUUGGAACAACUAUUUUGGCAACUAUUUUGGCAACCAAAUAUAUGAAGAAUUUGAGGUGGUAGGUCUGAAAAGUUCAGUUGCACUUGAACACAAGUGCAUGGAAUUAGAUGUGGACAAAAAUGAAGCUCGUAAAAUUGCCUUGGAUGAAAUGAAGAAUGUGUUGAAAAUAGUAUGUGAAGACCAUGAUUUACCUUUAGUUCAGAUAUGGAUCCCGUGUAGGAUAGGCUGGCCAUGCAGGGAUCUGGUUGAUGGUGGCAUCCUUGGUGUAAGUUGUCAGAACAUUAAAUAUGAAUACUACUCUGAAUUUAGAAUGGUCAAUAAUGUGCAUCGCAUAAAGGAAGGGACGGGGGUUGUAGGGAGAGCACUUUUGUCCACUAAUUUGGUAUUCUGCAGGGAUGUAACUCAACUUAGCAUAACUGAGUACCCCAUGGCACACUAUGCGCGAGAUGUUGGAUUAAGUGGUUGCUUCGCAAUAUGCUUGCAAAGUAGUUGCACUGGAAAUGAUGAUUAUGUGCUAGAGAUCUUUAUGCCAGUGAGCAACAGAGCCAGUGAAAACCCCCCUCCCUCAUUGUGGGGAAUAUUGGAAACAGUGAGGAUAAAUUUCCGAACUUUUAGGGCUGCUUCUGGGGUAGAACUUGGGAAAGAAUUAUGUAUUGAAAGAAUUGAUUUUCAAAAUGGUGGGAAACUUGAUUUAGUUCAAAUGCCCCAAACUAUUAUAUCUUUGCCCCUGUUGGAACCCUUACAAUGUGGGGGAGAGAUAACGCAAGUGGAUUCAUCAAAUCAACAAUUACUGAAUGCCAUAAAUAAUGGAAGUAGUGUUGUCAAUGUUGUUGGUACAGAAGGUAACAACACUGCUUGGACUAGUCCACAAGAAAAAGGCACAGUGAAGACAUCAGAAAGAAAAGGCAAUAAACCUGGAGUUAAAAUUAAAAUUCCUAAAGAGGAUAUCUUACAAACUUCAGGAAUGAGCACUGAUGAUGCUGCAAAAAAAUUCAACGUUAGCAAAUCUACGUUAAAGCGUAUAUGUAGGGGUUAUGGUAUUGAGAGGUGGCCACCUCGCAAGAUAAACAAGGCUGGUUGCUCUCAACUCUAUGAAUCUGCCUCGUGUCUUAGCUCUGAUCAUCUGCCUUCUACUCAAUCCGCUGCUAGUAUUGUUCACACCGAGCCGCAUGAUACAAUGAUGCAAGAUGCGAAUCUUGUGACUAUCAAAGUAAAAUAUGCAGAAGAUAAUGCAAUUUUGUUUCAUCUGUCUUUGUCAUCGAGUCUCACCAAGUUGCAACAAGAAGUGGCUAAGAGGCUAAACCUAGAGACUGGAAGUUAUAAUGUCAAGUAUAAAGAUGAGGUGGGUGAUUCAAUUUUAAUAGCUUGCGAUGUGGACUUGCAAUAUUAUAUGGGCCAUUCUAGAUCGCUGGGAAGAAGUCCUAUUGUGGUAUUGCUUGAGCAAAAGUUGCCAAUUCCUGAUCAUCAAAAGAAGAAAAAAGAAAGAAAGAAAAAGUUGCCAAUUACCCACUGAACUAAUUGAAUCUUGCUAAAUAAGCACUUCCUCUGAAACUGCCUUAGCUUUAAUUAAAGAGAUUUUACAUUUUGUGUCGUUAUUGUGGCAUUUCUACUAUUCAUUUGCAAAUUUACUUGGAGA